CGGACCCGGACCCGGACCCGGACCCGGACCCGGACCCGGACCCGCGCUGGUCGAGAGCGUCUGGGCUGCCCCGGGCCGCCUCCGCGCCUGCUGGACCCGCCGCGAUCCGCGCCUCGCUCGCGCCUUCCGCGCCGCCUGCGCGCAACAGCCGCCUGCCGCGCCCGGGGCCGCGCUGCGCCGGGCCCUGUCCGUGCUGUGGCGGCGUCGUGCCGCCUGCACCGACCCCGCGCCGCCGGCACCGCAACGCCGCCGCCGCCGGCGGGGCUGGACGCUGCCGGGAACGCUGUGGUGCGGCGCGGGGAACUCGGCGGGGAACUGGAGCGAGCUGGGUAGGGAGCGGCGCGGGGCGGCGGGAGCGCCCCGGCUCCCCCCGCGGGGCCGCGCUCACCGCCGCCUCCGCAGGGCUCUUCCGCGGCCCCGACCGGUGCUGCCGGGAGCACGACCAGUGCUGGGCGCAGAUCACGGCGCUGCAGUUCAACUACGGCAUCCGCAACUACCGCCUGCACACCGUGUCCCACUGCGAUUGCGACGCCAGGUUCCGGCGGUGCCUACUCGCCAUCAACGACACCGUCUCCAACAUCAUCGGCGUCACAUUCUUCAACCUGUUGGAGGUGCCGUGCUUUGUGCUGGACGAGAGUGAGGAGUGCAUCCAGUGGCACUGGUGGGGCGGGUGUGAGCGUUACGGAGUAGUGCCUCUGGCCAGGAUGGUGCAGCAGAAUCACUACCACCCCAGCCUACCAGCAGAGGAGAGGGGCAGACCCACUGUGCAGCCCUCGGGCAAGGGAAGGAAUUUCUCUAGAACAGGGCGUAAGCGGUUUCGACAGGAACUGAAGACAAAGCCUGGGCGCCACCAGUCACGGAGACCUAAGACAGCCCAACAGCCACAGGGCCCAGGUACCCCUGCAUUUGCCAGGGACAAGGCUGAGCUCACAACCAGGCACCCAGCAGUGCAGUGGGGGCUAGAGCCUGGCCGUGCAACAGCAUUGACAGUGUCAGGACAGGAUUCAGUUGGAGCAGAGCAAGGAGCUGGAAUCUCAGCACAUCCUUGGUAUGGCAGCCUUGGACCCAGCCCAGUCACAGUGCAGUGUGGAGCCACCCCCGUGCCAGCUGUGAAGGGGCGCAGGCAGCAGGACCCGGGCCGGGGCUGCAGGUGCAACAAGCACCUGGCUAAGUGUGACCACCGGAUUGCACCCCAUGAAGUGAAGUACCAGCUGCACAACGUGGACAGCCGGAUGCUCCUCCACUGCAACUGCACACACAGGCUGGCACGGUGCCUCCACAGGGCAAGGCACUGCAGUGACAUGGACGUGGCUGUGCUGGCUGACCGCAUCACCAUGAACUGCUUUGUGCUAGAGCUGCCUGCUGCCUGCAGCCCAGGCAGGGGGUCACAGAACAGCAGCUGUACCAUGAUGACCAGGGCUGUGCUUGUACCUGCACGGCGGCUCAAAAAGAUUCUAAGACACUGGGGGCCUCUACAUGUGAGCUCUAAGGCCAAGGAUGUACAUUGGAAGGCACAUGCCAGAGGAAGAGGAACCCUCUGUGAGCAAUGCCAGCAUCUCAUUGUAGAGCAGACACCAGCUUGGCCACACACAGUGCUUCAAUGACAGCCAAGCAGUGCUGCCUUGGGGAGGAAGGGGAGGAAGAUGUGCUGUACAGCAGAUGCAGCUGGGAGCUGCUUGGGGUCUGGUCCUCAAGUCAAAGGAUGGUACUAAGCAUGGCUGUUGGUGUGACAGCAUGAAGCUGGGGACCACAGCCAGAGGAGGCAGAGAGACUGAGAAGCCUCUCAAGGAACUGCCAUCCAUGACUACCAAAAGCAAGGGGAAAGAAAUAGGAGGGCUCAGGAAAGAGGAAACCCAUUGUCCUUCACUGGUGUGCUCUGCGGCAGUGGGGGUGGCAGGGUACCCCACCCCUAUAUUGGUGACCCUUCAACUGAGGGGCCUGAGCAGUGAGGCGUAAUCCUGACCCUCUUGCCCAGGCAGGGUAGGAGGACUGGGGUCAGUACCUGCAUGCAGCAGAAAAAAUAAAAGGUGGGUGGUCAGAGCAUGA